UUAGCGGUAAAUCCUAAUGAUCUAUGUAUAGUAAACAGUUUAUUUUAAUUUUAUUUAUUUUUAGCAUACUUAUAAAUAAUUAAAUAGUUAUUUUUGGCACUGAGUUUAAAGUUUAUAGAACUUUAUUUCCAUUGAAUAUUGAAGCUGUUUACAUUUUAGGACAAUGGCUAUUACACCAGAGUCAGUAUUUACUAUUUUAUCUGACCUUGCAUUACCAGUAACGAUGCAAGAUUUGCAAAAUCCUACAGAAAAAUUUAUGAUUAACAUUAUGACACAUAUUUUGAAACGUCUUUCAAUAGAUGUUGAUGCAGUUGAAAAGCCAACUAUGGAUCAGCUUGAAGCCUUGAGAGUUUCAGGUCUAGAGAAUGCUCCAAUAUUAAAAAUAAUGAAUUUAAGACAAGUAAUAUCCCAUUUUAGCCGAGAAAUAUUCAUCAAAGAUUUUACAAUCAGUGAUCUUACAAAUCCUGGACCCAAACGUACUCGUAAAAUUUUAAAAAUAUUUGGAAACUUUCUUCUGUAUGCUCGACGAGCAAAAGAAGAAAUGCAGCCAGACAUCGAUGAAGUUUUAGCAAGAGGUCAAAGAAUUACAGAGCUACGUCAAAAAACUCAAGAGUUACAAGAGAAAAUGAACAUAAAAGCAUUUGGAAUUUCUAAGAAGAAAACCACAAGUGAUAAUUUAGAUCGAGAAAUAGAAAAAAUCACGAAAGAAAUUCAAGAAGGAAAAGAAAACAUGGAAGAAAAAGAAAUGUUGGUCAAGGCUAUUAAAGAACGUCAUCAAAACAUUUUUGAAGAUGUUGAAAAUAAACGUCAAGAGAUUAAAAAAAUAACUGACAUCACUGCCAAAUUAAAAGAAAAAAUAGUUAAAGAUCCGGAAUCAUACAAAGCUCGUUUAUUAGAGUUAAAAGAACAAAUACAAAAUAAAGAAGAGAAGCGUUCAGCUUUACAAGAUGCUCUAAAAUCAAAAAAACCUACCAUUGCAAUGUUGGAGAAUUGUUUAGCAGCAGUUGUUAAGGCUCGUAAUAAGCUACCGGAAAUAAUAGAACUUAAUAAAGAAAUUUUAGAAGCAAAGCAGAAAGCUGAAACUUUAAUACAGCAAAUAAAUGAAAUAACUUCAACACUUCAAGCUGAUGAUAAUGACUCUUACGACAAAGAUGAAGAAGAAAUAUUUGCUGAUGAAGUAAACAAAUGUAAAAUUUCUUGUGAGGAGCAUCUUUCGAAAUAUCGUGCGACAAUAAAUGAGCUAAUGAAUGAAAAGAAGUUCAUUGAAAAGAGUUACGCAGAUAAACAAGCUGAAGAAGUAGAAAUGUAUGUAAAAAGGGAUUCACUUCGUCGAAAAGUAAUGGAAAAAGAAGCAGAAGUUGCCAAAUUUCUAAAAGACUGCCAGAAUUUGAUUAAUAAAGAAAUAAAAGAAGUAGUUGAGCAUCAUGAAGAAGCACAUGAUGCAGUGUCUUUUCCACAGUUUAGAGAAAAACAAUAAAUAGAAAUCUAAAAAUUAGGACUGUUUAAAAAUUAGAGAAUUAGUAUUCCAAUAUUUUUAUUGUAUAAAUUCAAAUAUAUUAUAUUUUAUAUAAUUUA